AUGCAGCUGCUCGACCACGAGGGACGUAACGCGGCGGCUCAGCCCUCGUCUGCCGCCGCACACGCCGCCUGCCUCGCCGCCAUCGACGAGCGGCUGCGGCGCGCGGCGGGCGAUGGGAUGCCGCUCCGGGCGCGGACGGCGGUCCAGCUGCCGCCGCCGGCUCCUGCCGGGCCCGGACGCGCGUCGCUCGCCUUUCUUAUCAUGGCGCACCGGCGCUUUGCGCACGCGACGGUCGCCCGCCUCGUGCGCGCGCUCGACGCGCCUUCGCACCUCUUCCUCCUCCACAUCGACGCCCGCGCGCACAGUGCCGUCGCCGGUUGGGCCGCCUCGGAGCCGCGCGUGCACCUGCUCGAGCGGCGCCCGGUCGGAUGGGGUGCGGCGUCGCAGGUGGAGGUCCUGCUGGAGGCGGUCGCCAUCGCGCUCGCCGCCGCCCCCUCCCUCGACUUCGUCAUCAACCUCUCGGACGCCGACGUGGCGCUCCGCACCGGCCGAGAGCUCUCCUCCUUCCUCGCGCGGCACCGCGGCACCUCCUUCGUGGCGGCGAAGUUCCCCGCGAGGGACGGGAUGCGGUACGGCGCGCACGCGACGAUGCGCACGCCCGCCUGGCUCGAGCCGCCGCCGCCCCAAGGGACGAGCUUCUUCCACGGGUCGCAGUGGGCGGUGCUGUCGGCGGAGGCGGCCUCCCGCCUGCACACUGUGUCCUCCUGCUCACGUGGCACUGUGUGGUGCACGCCUCAGCUCAGUGAGCAUUAG